GAAAAUACAAGGUCCAUGGACUCUUUAGAUAUUACCCAACUCGCAGAAACCUUAAACCCCAUAGUGAAGAACCCAGAAAUGGACCAGUUUACCAAGAACUCAAACCCCAAUACACAAGAGCAAGAAUUAGAUGAACAAGGAAGCAACAAUUGUGAGAUGUUUGGUCCCAAACUGAGAAGAAACAACUCGGUUUCUUCAGCCUACGCAUUGCAGCUCCAGGUUGCUGUGAAGAGAGCAUUCUCGAUGAGAAGAUCUUCUUCUGUUUCUGAAAGGUACUGUAGGAUCUACGACCAGUGUAUGAGCUUGGGAUCACCUUUUGUUGAUGAAGAAUGGGAUGUAAAUGGGACAAGAAGAUCUGACAAGAAGAAGAACAUUAAAGGCAAGAUCCUAAAAGUAUGGAAGAAACUUUUUAGACAUUAGUGUGUCAUAUUUAUUUACAAUAAAUUUUUAUAUAGCCUUUAUGAAUAUGCAUUGUUGUUUCGCUUAGUAAAAGAACAACCACCUUGGUUAAUAA